CUCCAUCUUACACGUCCUCCAUCCAGCCUUGAAUCAGUCAAUCGACGGCCAGAUAUAAAUCAUAAAGAUUCGUCCCUUCUCCUCACAUUCAUAGUUUUACCGGUCGGCGCCUCACCGGCAGCUGACACCCCUGUCGCAAUUCUCCACUGAGACCCGCUGCCAGGGGGCCCGCACGCGGGUACAGAAAGGUGCCGCGACCGAUCUUAGUUCAUCCGAGGAUGGCAAGCCAUCAGCGGAGAGACGAGAACGGAAGGGCGGCGGCGGAGGAGGAGGACGGAUCGACGCCAGGAUCCAUCCAUGGCUUCGAAUCCCUCCAUCGCCUCCUGGAGGCUAAUCUGAAGCCCCAGAUCUUCCAGGAAGUGAGCCGCUUGCUGCUGGGACUGAAUUGUGGCCGCCAUCUCGAGCGGGUUUCUUUGCCUCAGGCUGCCACCUCUCUAUCUGCAGAACAUGAUUUUGAUUUGCAGGCCUUUUGUUUUCAUGCUGAUAAAGAGUUACUGAGGCAACCACGAAUUGUUCGUGUUGGCCUUAUCCAGAAUGCGAUCGGUCUUCCUACUACUGCACACUUUGUGGACCAGAAGAAUGCUAUUAGGCAAAAAGUGGAACCCAUGAUUGAUGCAGCUGGAGCUUCAGGUGUCAAUAUCUUAUGCUUACAAGAGGCAUGGAUGAUGCCAUUUUGUUUCUGCACUCGGGAGAAGAAAUGGUGUGAAUUUGCAGAGCCUUUUGAUGGAGAAUCGACUCAAUUUCUUCAAGAAUUUGCAAGGAAAUAUAACAUGGUCAUUGUGAAUUCUAUUCUUGAAAGGGAUAUACACCAUGGGGAGACCAUUUGGAAUACUGCUGUUGUGAUCGGAAACCAUGGCAACAUAAUUGGCAUUCAUAGGAAGAAUCACAUACCGAGAGUUGGGGAUUUCAAUGAGAGCACAUAUUAUAUGGAAGGAAACACUGGACAUCCUGUGUUUGAAACAGCUUAUGGGAAGAUCGCAGUAAACAUCUGUUAUGGAAGGCACCAUCCCUUAAACUGGUUAGCAUUUGGGCUAAAUGGAGCUGAGAUUGUCUUCAACCCUUCUGCAACUGUCGGAGAACUCAGUGAACCAAUGUGGCCUAUUGAGGCUCGGAAUGCUGCCAUUGCAAACAGUUACUUUGUUGGGUCGAUUAAUCGUGUUGGCACAGAAAUCUUUCCUAAUCCAUUUACUUCUGGUGAUGGGAAACCUCAACACUCAGACUUCGGUCACUUCUAUGGGUCUAGUCAUUUCUCAGCACCAGAUGCUUCAUGCACUCCCUCCCUUUCACGCUACAGGGAUGGAUUAAUGGUUUCAGACAUGGAUCUCAACCUCUGCAGACAACUGAAAGAUAAAUGGGGUUUCCGCAUGACGGCACGAUACGAAUUGUAUUCUGAAAUGCUCGCUAAGUACCUAAAGCCGGACUUUACUCCGCAGGUCAUUGUCGAUCCCAUGUUGCAGAAGAGAAAUCCACUUUGAUGAAGGAAAUGAUGUAGGUACUUCAGCUCGAUUGUUCCUGAUGUUUCAUUGACAUGGGAAGCUGCAACAGGUAUCAAAUGGCACAUGAAUAAACAUUGGCACUGAGGUUUGUGAUCGAUGCUGUGAUUAAAUUGUUUCUUUGGUGAUGUUAAUGGUGCUUUGUUGACUGUAAACCUGAAAUAAUGUGAGUAGUUAAUGUUCCAACUAAAGUGCUUAGAAGUGGGACUUGACUACAUGAUCAUCGAACAACAGAGAAAUAGCAUGUUGGUUUUUGAGUGCA